AUGCUCGAAGAAGACAAGAAUUCCCCGAUCUACCCCUACAACGCGUACCUCAAGCCUUCCUCCCUUCUAGUCCCCGGCAGGCGGGUGCAGAUUCCCGCCCUCCUCCCGCGCGGCUUGGGCGUCGACGCGUAUGCGAUGAAGAAAGAACGGGAACGGUUCUUGGAGAAACGGAUGGAGAACCGGCUCGAGGAACUGCAUCGCUUCCACCAGGCCCCGCCUGGGCCGGGCAAGCUGCAAAGGGCCUACAUCGGGACUAUGCUUGGCCAGGCUGGAGUGGAGAUCAAACUCCUCAUCGAGAAGAAGGCGUUGCUCCUCAGGGAAAAACAACGGAAGCUCCGUUCAGACCUUGUUCAGGUUACCCAGGUCGCCACUGCCCUCCCAGGCACGACAUGUCUCGACAAGGAUAUGUUCCGACGGCCGAAGCGGGUUGACCUGAGCCAAGUUCGCGCAUUGGAAAAGCUAGAGCGCAAGCAACGGCAUCAGCGUGAAGGUCGUGUGCGUGCUGCGCACCGGCAAGAACUGGAGCUUAUCUGUGGCCAUGGACGAGAACUGUCCAUGCAAGAUGAGCUUGCACGGCAAAAGCAGAAACGCUUCGGGCAGAAGAUCCAACAGUAUCAUCAGAUCGCGGAAAAGGAGGAGCAGAAGCGGGUUGAACGGAUCAGCAAGGAGCGUCUAAAGGCGCUUAAAAAUGACGAUGAGGAGGCCUACCUCAAGCUGAUCGACACUGCUAAGGAUACGCGUAUCACGCAUUUGCUCAAGCAGACCGAUCAGUACCUCGACAACCUUGCUAGUAUGGUCCGUGCGCAGCAGAACGAUGAUGAAGGCGUCGACCUCGUUUUGGAGACUGGACCGACGAGCGAAGCGACCUUCGGCGCGACGCGGCAGGAUGACCCUACGGAGGACACUGGCAAGAUCGACUACUAUGCUGUGGCGCAUAGUAUUUCUGAGCGAGUGACGGAGCAGCCGAAGAUCCUCACUGGAGGAAAACUGAAAGAAUAUCAGAUCAAGGGUCUCCAGUGGAUGGUCAGCUUGUAUAAUAACAGGCUGAAUGGGAUCCUCGCCGAUGAGAUGGGUCUGGGGAAAACCAUUCAGACAAUUUCGCUCGUUACCUUCCUCAUCGAAAAGAAGAAACAGCAGGGCCCGUACCUCAUCAUAGUCCCCCUGUCUACCAUCACCAACUGGUCGCUCGAGUUCGACAAGUGGGCUCCAAGCGUAAAGCUCAUCGUUUUCAAGGGACCCCCCAACCAACGUAAGAUGCUCUCAUCCCAGGUCAGGCAGGGCAACUUCCAAGUGUUGCUCACAACCUACGAGUACAUCAUCAAGGAUCGCGCGGCGCUCUGCAGGCCGAAAUGGGUUCAUAUGAUCAUCGACGAGGGUCAUCGGCUCAAGAACGUGCAGAGCAAGCUUUCCCAGACGCUGAUGCAAUUUUAUGUCUCCCGUUACCGGCUUAUCCUUACGGGCACGCCGUUACAGAACAACCUGCCCGAACUGUGGGCGCUGCUCAACUUUGUCCUCCCUAAGAUCUUCAACUCCGUCAAGUCCUUCGACGAAUGGUUCAACAUGCCUUUCGCCAACACAGGCAGUCAAGACAAGAUAGAGCUGAACGAAGAAGAGCAGCUUCUUAUCAUUCGUCGUUUGCAUAAAGUGCUUCGGCCGUUCUUGCUCCGUCGGUUGAAGAAGGACGUCGAGUCCGAAUUGCCGGACAAGGUUGAGAAGGUCAUCAAGUGCAAGAUGAGCUCCCUGCAAAUGAAGCUAUAUAACCAGAUGAAAUCUGAGGGGAUUCUUUAUUCUGAGAAGACUGAUGCCAAGGGUCGUCAACUGGGUAUCAAAGGCCUUAGUAACGCCAUCAUGCAGCUACGCAAGCUCUGCAAUCAUCCUUUCGUAUUUGACGAAGUUGAACGGGCGAUCAACCCUGCCGGUGUCACCGACGACAACAUUUGGCGUACGGCUGGCAAGUUUGAGCUUCUCGAUCGGAUCCUUCCCAAGCUCCUUACUCACGGUCAUAGGAUGCUCAUAUUCUUUCAAAUGACGGCCAUCAUGGAUAUCUUCGAGGAUUUCAUGAGACUCAAAGGCUACAAAUACCUUCGUCUGGACGGUGCCACGAAGCAAGAGGAUCGUAGCAGCAUGCUUCAGGUCUUUAAUGCUCCCGAUUCCCCCUACGACACAUUCUUGCUCUCCACUCGUGCCGGUGGCCUGGGUCUCAACCUGCAGACUGCGGACACGGUCAUCAUCUUUGACUCGGACUGGAAUCCACAUGCAGAUCUUCAGGCGCAGGAUCGCGCACAUCGUAUCGGCCAGAAGAAGGCGGUAUGUAUUCUGAGGUUGAUCACAAGCCACAGUUUCGAAGAAGAGAUCCUGGAUCGUGCACGUGGCAAGCUUGAUAUUGACGGCAAGGUCAUUCAAGCGGGUCGGUUCGAUAACAAGAGUACGCAGGAGGAGCGCGAACGCUUCCUGCGAUCUAUGCUUGAACACGACAAUGAGCAAGUUGAGGAACAAGGGGACAUGACCGAUGACGAAAUCAAUGAGAUCCUGGCCAGAAGUGCUGAAGAACUCGAGGCCUUCAGGAUCAUGGAUAUCGAACGGGAGCGAGAGGCAGAGAAGGCUUGGCGUGCGCGUGGCGGUCAGGGCCCCAAGCCCGAACGUCUCAUGCAGGAAGCUGAGUUGCCCGAAAUAUAUCGUCGCGAGCGGGUUCCGCAGACCCUGUUGGAAGAGACGGAGGUGUUGCAGGCCGAAGGAAGAGGAGCCCGUGUCCGGAAUCCCGUCAAGUAUGACGAGACGGAAGAGUUCAACGAGUGGCUGGACGACAAUGGCGAUUCUGACUUCGAAGACUGGCGCGAUAAGCGCGAUGCCAAAGAAGCCAAGAAGAAGAAAAAGAAAGGAGAGCGCUCCAUCACCGAUACCCCUAUCCCUGAUGACGACCCUCCUCUUAUUAAAAAGGGGAAGGGAAGGCCGCCGAAGAAAAGGCAGCAGGAAGACUGGCAGCCAGUUGCGCCUGCCUCCGGGAAGCGGAAGCGGGGCGAGAAGGAACUGGCAACUCCUGGAGAUGAUGAGGACGAUUCGCGUGAUGUCUGUCAGAAGCGUCGCAAAACUGCAAUGUCUCCUCAAAUGGCUUCGCGAAUGAAGGCCGUCUUCCAAGAGUGUUAUCUGGCCGUCGCCGCCUGCACGGACGACGGCGGGCGCAAGCGCUGCGAACUUUUCCGUGAACCACCCAGCCGCAAGCUCUACCCAGACUACUACACUAUCAUCCCGAACGUCAUCGCCAUGUCGGCGAUUCGCAAGAGGAUGAAUAGUGGCGGCUACUCUACGGUUGCAGAAUUCAGGGCCGAUUGGCGAUUGAUGUUUACCAACGCUCGUACUUAUAACCAGGAGGGCAGCUUUGUAUACGUCGAUGCGGUAGCACUUGAGGGAGUCUUCAAUACCGUGUACAAUAAGUAA